GGGUGAUGGUUGGAUGAGUGUUGUAGGAAUUUGGACUAUUUUCAUUUUCAUUCUUAUACUUUUCUUCUUCUUCUUCUUCUUCUUUUUUGAUUGCUCCUACUACCUACUACCUCGAUCCUACAACGACUGCCGCGACCUAAUAACUACUUCUAUCAAAGUUUCAUUGAUGGUUGAUCUAGAACAAUAAGCGUGCACGGGGAAGACUCUAACCUAGAAUCCUUUCAUCGUGAUAUUCAAGGAGAAAGGGGACAGGCGAGAGAGGACAGGCGAGAGGAGAAAGCAUCACCGGCGACCUUGUCAUCAAAGAACCUUUCCGAGCGCAUCCAAAUUCAUUUAGAUGACAACCGGUUAUUGCAUGCAACCAACUCUCCCACGAACAUGAGAUUAUAUCAACAUUUUACCAACUCCCCUUUGUGAAUCUACACCCCCACCAGAUGUGUAUCACUUAGUAGGCCCAGCAGUCGUGUUGGUGGUGAAGGUGGGGUGAGUGAUGCGAUGCGAUGCGGGGUCAAACACCAUGGCGUCACUCUACUCUGUAUUGGAAUGUGAAUGUUCAUCUUUACGCAGCAUCAAUACAGUCAGUCUUCAUACCUCAUGUCUAAUCUGAUAUUCAAACUUCCCUUUGGCCCUUGAAGACCGAGAAUACGAUUACACUUGACAACCAAGAAGCAUUAUCCCUUAUCAAUCCACGUCCUCACGAUGCCUCUCAUAGCUACUAACCCCAAACCUCGAAUAAUUCUUGGUCUUAUGAACUUUGGUCCAGAUCCAUCCACUGGCGCACGCAUAACUUCAUUGGAUGAAUACAAUACCUUCCUCGAUCAUUUUCAAGGCGCCGGGUACAAUGAAGUCGAUACCGCACGCACAUAUGUUGGAGGGAAACAAGAAGCAUUCACGCGCGAAGCAAAAUGGCAAGAGAGGGGCUUAACACUGGCCACGAAAGUCUAUCCAACAGAAGCGGGAUUGCAUACAGAAGCAGAAAUAACAACUAGAUUUGAGACGAGUUUAAAGGAGUUAGGGACAGACUGUGUGGAUAUAUUCUAUUUGCAUGCUGCUGAUCGUGCAACGCCUUUUACAGAGACAUUAGCAGCUCUCGACAAACUCCAUAAGCAGGGCAAAUUCGUAAACCUAGGACUUUCAAACUUUACAGCCUUCGAAGUCUCAGAAAUAGUUAUGCAUUGUAAAUACAACAAUUGGGUGCGGCCAACAGUAUACCAAGGAAUGUACAAUGCCAUUACCCGUUCUCUGGCUUCCGAGCUCAUUCCAUGCUGUAAACGCUACGGUAUCUCUGUCGUCAUUUACAACCCAAUCGCAGGCGGUCUCUUCUCAGGUGCCUACAAGUCAUCAGAGAUUCCAACUAGUGGACGCUACAGCGAUGCCGUGGGAAAGUUAGGCGAAAUGUAUAGAAAACGCUAUUGGAAGGAAUCGAACUUUGCCGCAUUAAAAUUGAUCGAACCCGUUGUUCAAAAACAUAAUCUGACAAUGGUGGAGACUGCAUUGAGAUGGUGUAUACAUCAUAGUGCACUGAAUGUUUUGGAUGGGGAUGAUGGAAUUAUCAUGGGAGCGAGUAGUAUUGAGCAAUUAGAUUCGAACUUGAAGGACUGUGAGAAGGGUCCAUUGCCCGAAGAGGUAGUAAAAGUUUUGGAUGAAGCUUGGGAGGUUUGUAAAGCAGAUACACCCAACUAUUGGCACUUGGAUUUGAAGUAUGAGUAUGAUACUAGGAAGGCACUGUUUGGCCCAUAGGCAUAGAUUAGAUCUACUUUUAGACUCGCGUCGAGAUAUACAGUUGCUUUCGUAGAUGACAAGACAAGAAGCCAAGAACCACAUUCAAAGUCCAUAUCCAUACCGCCAUUCAGUACUGAGAAGCUAUCAAAGAUUGCAGUCUUGUGAUCCAUUUUAUACAAGUCGAUAUUAUAACUUAAGGUUAGUUGGGUAAAUUGUAGAGAGUAUUGAAUCCUUCUA